AGUGGAAUUUGUUCAUCUGUUUUAGCAUCAAUCAUGAACAUUAUCCCUGCGCUAUCGGCUAAAUAAAGGGAACACAACGGCAAAAUAGAUAUGAAUAUAUAGAAAUAUGACCUCCGAUAUUUCCGAUGUUCCUGAAUGUAGCAUAACCACGCCCACUAGUGAACACGUGGUUGACGCGGAAGUCGUUUCUAAAUAGAACUUGACCUCAAAAGCAUGAGAAAUCCAUGUGAACUGUUGUAGCGUUAGUGUAAGAAAUUUAAUUUCUGAGAGGUAAAUGGGCUUGUUGUUCUAAUGGAUUCUAAUCUGUUGUACUGGAAAAGCCAAGGGCAGUCUUUCCUCAGUCGGGUACAGACCUGGGUAAAUCUCCUCGAUCCAACUUUGCUGCUCUCCUCUGAUGCUGAAAUACAGAGGGCCCACUCUCUCCUUCAAGGUGGGGAGAAAAGUGAAAAGGAUGCACCUGCUCUGACUCUUGCUCUUUCGUCCGUCCACGCUGAUUCUGGAGCUGUUCUUCCACUAGUUUUCCGCCCUCCAGCAUUAUUGCCAAUAUCAGCACCUUUGGUGGUUGCCAGCUUUUUGCCUCACAACAAUGUCAAACCAGCUCUGUUUUGGCAGUUUUUGCUGCAGAGCUACAGUGCAGGGUUCAACUAUGCAAACAGAAAUUCUUCAUCAGAGCAGGGUAAGAGGACGUCUCUGAAGCAGCUGCUAUUGAUCGCUGGGACAGUGUCCUAUGCAACAUGUGCAGGGGCCCUUCCUCAAAUUUUCAUUAACCGACUCGGUGUAAGAAGUGCACCGGUCCAGACUUUCUUUAGAUCGAUAUUACCAAUCCCUCUCUCAGCUGCUUUGGCCUUCUUCAAUGUCUUCACUGUUAGAAGCGAGGAGUCAGAAACAGGGAUCCAAGUGUUUGAUUCCAAUGGAAAUCCUGUCGGGAUCUCUAAAGCAGCAGGAGAAAAGGCUGUGAGGGAAACUGCGUUGUCGAGAGCGGCACUGUUUGGUACAACUGCUGCUGUUCCUAAUCUGCUGGUGUUGCUUUUACAGAGAACAAGACUCUUCCAGAGGAACUCUUUGCUGGUCGCUCCUCUCCGUCACAUGAGCGUUGCAUUUGUUCUGGGUCUAAUGAUCCCUGUGUCGUUCAGUCUCUUUCCACAACUGGGAACAAUAAAGAAGGAAAAGUUGGAGGAGGAGCUACAGGCUGCAGCAGUCGACGGACAGUUAUUCUACAACAGAGGACUCUGAGGAGCAGUUACAUGUAGUAGAUUCAAAAUCAACUGAGACCCAAAAUACAGUUGCCAGUGCUGGAUAGCAUGAAAAUAAAUGUCUUCUUUAACAUCAUGCAGCUGAAAAUAUAUGAUCCAUGUAACAGACCCAAAAAUCAAAUGCAGCUUUUUCUCAGAGUUUCAUGUAGAAUAUUUUGUUUAAAAAAAAAAAAAAAA